AUGACUUAUUUAUCUAUCCAACUCCCAACUCGCGGUGCGAUAGUGCGGCCCCUGUGCAUUCGUCAUCAGCGCUGGUUUGUUUUUGCUCGAGCGCCUUCCCUGGUGUUGAGCACAGACAUCGGGAGGUUGGGGGGACUAGUCUGGGACCCCCCUAGUCUCUUUGCUCCCACCUCCGAUGUGUUCAAAAGAGUACAGGAACCUCCCUCGUCGCGGCCUAACUACCAUCCCAGCGCGGGAGCAGACACGACAGCGCAUAAAAAGUGUGGUGGGAGGGGCCUGUGCCCACCUAACCCAGCCCCCCAGCCUGUCUCCCUCUCUCCCCCUGCACCCCUCCAUGCCUGUGGAGAAGACAGGGUGCCCCCCUGCCCCUUGUCCUCUCCUGCUGCGAUGGGAAAGUGCAUCCUCAUUUAA